AUGUUCCUCGCACGACCAUCACGUAUAAUCUCAAAAAACAUUUUUCGGCUGUCUUUGCGCCCUUUUGCAUCAGCUACAUCUCCAACGCACUCGUUGCUUUUCAUUGAGCACCGGUCCGGAGAAUUAGAAGCCGGAUCGCUCUCUGCACUCACAGCUGCAUCUAAACUCGGUGGGAAAGUCACAGCUCUUAUCGUUGGAGGGCCAGGGGAGGUUGAUACCAUCGUAGCAAAAGUCAAGGCGUUCGAUACCGUAUCAGGCAUUCUUCACUCAACAUCAGAUGCAUACAAGAACAACCUUGCGGAAACCAUAGCUCCGCUAUUAGCAGAUGUCCUUCGGACCUCCGAUCAAUACACUCAUUUUGUUUCAUCCCACUCCUCAAACGCCAAGAAUAUCAUCCCUCGUCUCUCGGGAAUUCUCUCCAUCCCAAUGGUCUCCGACGUUCUCUCAGCUGAACACUCAGAAAGUGAAGGCACCACUACAUACACGCGGCCUAUCUAUGCAGGCAAUGCCAUCGCAACCGUUCAAGCACCUUCAUCAAUCCCUCUCAAAAUCUUUACUAUACGCCAAACAGCUUUCGAUAAGGCGCAACCGUCUUCCUCUGGCCCAAGUACGGCUGAAGUAAAGGCAAUUGAGCCUAUUUUUCCCGAAAAUGUACCCACGACACACAGAAGUCUUUCAUUCGCCAAGUCGGAUAGACCAGAGCUCGGUUCAGCAUCUCGUGUCGUAUCGGGAGGUAGGGCCCUCAAGAAUGCUGAGACCUUCAAGAAUACAAUCGAGCCUCUUGCUGAUGCACUCGGCGCGGCAAUUGGAGCGAGUCGUGCUGCUGUUGAUGCUGGAUAUGUCGAUAACUCGUUGCAAGUUGGUCAGACAGGAAAGGUAGUCGCACCAGAACUGUACGUUGCAGUGGGGAUCAGUGGAGCUAUUCAACAUUUGGCAGGGAUGAAAGAUUCGAAGAUGAUUGUGGCUAUCAACAAGGAUCCAGAUGCACCAAUAUUCCAAGUGGCUGAUGUUGGUCUUGUUGCUGAUCUUUACGAGGCUGUCCCCGAGCUCGUCAAGAGACUCAAGAAUUAA